AUGGAUGAAAUGCACACUCCGUAUUCUUCCCUGAAAAGACUGUUAUCUUUCUUCAAUGGCUUCGUGGCUAUGUGUGGUGUGAUCCCCAUUGGCCUGAGCAUCUAUGUCAAGUUCAGAGGGGCUGUCCUGAUAAGGGUCCUUGGGCUGGCCUCUGCAUAUCUCCUUUACAUUGGCUACCUGUGCCUGGCAAUGGGCUGCAUCUCAGUGCUGCUCAGCUUUGCUGGGUGGUAUGGAGCAACCAAAGAAAGCAGAGGUACUCUCUUGUUUUGUUUCCUGUCCACGGUUAUCAUCCUCAUCGCCGAAAUCAUAGUCACCACAGUGGUCCUUGCCUUAUUCCACAUUGUGAAGAACUACACAGAUUUUUCUGGUUACUGCUACCCCAGGAGCGGCUGUAAAUCCAUCGGGACCGCAGCCUGCGAUGGGCGUGACGUGUCCACAGACAUCAUCCACCAGGGGGGCUGUUUCCCCAAGCUCUUGAAAAUAACCAAGACUCAGAGCUUCAACUUGAGUGGGGGCUUACUGGGGGCAGCAGUGAUACAGCUGCCAGGAAUUCUUGCCACUUUGCUGCUAUUCAUCAAAGGAGACAGACGGAGCUGGGGGGAGGACAGGACAUCUGGUCCACCUGGCUGCUGGAGAUUUUGUCUCAUUAUUUCUCUGUGGCCCUCACUGCUUUUGGAAGAGAGAUUGUACACAGAGAUCUCUAAAAAUGUAUACAUCUGUGUCAGCCCCAAGGCUAUCAUCACACCUGACUAA